UUAGAAAUGGGGGAACGUCACGUUAUAGAAGAAAUAUUAGAUGAUAAAGUUGAAGAAGACGAAAUAUUCUACCUAGUUAAGUGGGUAGGUUACACGAAUCGGCACAAUGCCUGGAUAUCGGAAAAUGAUCUGGAUGCUGAUUUUCUUUUGCCCCAAUAUCUAAAGAGGAAAGAAAAUAAAAUAUUCGAAGAAUUUGAUGAAGAAAACCAAAUAAAUGAAAAAGGAGAAUUCUUUGAAAAAAUUAGUGAACUUCUUGACUGGACACAAAAAUGUUCGGAACAAAUAAAUUUAUCUUGUGAUACCUCUGCAUCAACAAAAGAAGCAUUAAGAAGGAAUUCAGAAUUACGUAAACAGAUAGAUGGAAAACAAUUUGAAUUUGGUUAUGUUGAAGAAUUAGGACAACGUUUAAUUGAAAAAGGAUAUCCUAAAGAACAAGUAAAAAUAAAUCGAAAAUUGAAGGAAUUAAAAAAUGUAAUGAAUGAAUUAGAAGGUUUUUGGGAAAAGAGAGAGGAUAAAUGUCGUCAAUUAUUGGAAAUGGAAGAAUUUACAAGUGAAGCUGACAGUAUUAAUUCUUUAAAUAAAGAACAACUAGCUUUUCUUGCAAUUUCUUCAAAAUCUGAUUCUCUAGAGAAAGUGCAAAAUUUAUUGAAAGAACAGACUGAAUUCGAGGCUAAACUUUCAGCAAAAGAGGAGAGGGUUCUACUUUUUGUUGCUUCUGCUGACCGUUUGAUACGCACCGGACACUCACAAUCCGCACAAAUUGAAAAUCAAAAACGAGAAGUAAUUUAUGGACAUCAAGGGGUUAUUGAAAGAACACAACUGAGAAGAGCACAGUUAGAGAGAGGAUUAGCACUUGAAGGAUUGCGAAGAGAUGCUAGUGUAUUGGAUUUUUGGAUUAAUGAGAAAAGACAUCAAAUGGAACAACAAAUUGAAGUUGGAGGGGUUGGAGCUCUUAAUUGGGCACAGACAAGACAUCAAGCCUUUAUGCUAGAAUUGGCAGCUAAUCGAGCUGAACUUAGUAGACUUGCAAAAUCAGGUGCAGCACUAAUCCGCGAUGGUGUUGCUGAAAGAGAAGCUGUCGCUAAUGUUUUAGAGCCUCUUGAAGUUGAAUUGACUAAACUUGAAACGCUUGCACAACAGAGAGGUGAUCUACUAGACCAAGAAAAGGAAAAUUUACCUCAAGGACAAGUAAAGAAGAAGAGGACUAGAAAUAACGCAAGUUUAAUAAAUUAA